AGCAGAGCAGUCAGCGGGCAGCAUUGGACGGGUUACAGUCCAUCCCACCAUCCCAGCCGGCCAUCUACCUCACAGCACCUCCACAGCCUCUCCUCCUCCCCCCGGCUGUCCUGAUCCAGACCCAGCAGUGGGGCUCUCUGUAUGUGUCUGCCCUACUCUCCGUGGGGGACUGCGAGGUGAGUGUGAGUGUGAGCGGUGCAGGAGCCUGGCCCGGGGUCACACCUCUCUGUGAACAUGCACACCACCCAGAAGGACACCACCUACACCAAGAUUUUCGUUGGGGGGUUGCCCUAUCACACCACGGACUCCAGCCUCAGGAAGUACUUCGAGGUGUUUGGGGACAUAGAGGAGGCUGUGGUGAUCACCGACAGACAGACUGGCAAGUCCAGGGGCUAUGGCUUUGUCACCAUGGCUGAUAGAAGUGCUGCUGAGAGGGCUUGCAAAGACCCAAAUCCAAUCAUUGACGGCAGGAAAGCUAAUGUGAAUCUUGCAUAUCUGGGAGCAAAGCCACGAAUAAUGCAGCCAGGUUUUGCAUUUGGAGUACAACAAAUUCACCCAGCACUUAUCCAAAGGCCUUUUGGAAUUCCUGCACAUUACGUUUAUCCACAUGCGUUUGUGCAGCCGGGAGUUAUGAUUCCACAUGUCCAGCCAGCAGCUGCCGCUGCCUCUACAAGUCCGUACAUUGAUUACACCGGAGCCGCCUACGCACAGUACUCUGCCGCUGCGGCCGCUGCUGCAGCUGCCUAUGAUCAAUACCCAUACGCUGCCUCCCCAGCUGCAACCGGAUAUGUUACCACUGCAGGUUAUGGCUAUGCAGUUCAGCAGCCACUUGCCUCUGCAGCACCUGGAACUGCUGCUGCAGCAGCUGCGGCCUUUGGCCAAUACCAGCCACAGCAGCUGCAGGCUGACCGCAUGCAGUAAUGCUUAAACUAUGAAGUUAUCAAUUUAUUUUAUUUUUUUCCUUCGUGUUUUCAGCCUUCCAGUUUCAAUACACGAGACAAUACCGAAUUAGGCUAAAUGGUGUGAAGGAAAAAAACAAGCUAUGCUUUCAAAGAGGGGAAAAAAAAAAAAAAACUUUUAUUCCAGCUUCUCUAUGUAGUACACAUCAGAGUAAUAUUAGAAGGGUGUUUCAGGCAUAUAUCAAGAAGAAACUAAUAUGGUGUGUGUUACUGAAACAGUCAGACUUGAUAUCUAUACAGACAUUUCUAUAUCAGGGAAAGAAACUGCCUUUUUGCUAAGCUGGGAGGGGGUACACACUUCUUUUUUUCAUUGCUAUAUUUUACGAUGUUUAAACCAGGGAUAUUGGUUAGCAAUAUGUAGCCCAUAUGAAGUAAUCUUUAAGGCAGAUUGUCAUGUCUCCUUAUUAUGACUAAAUGAAUCUUAUGUUGGUGAGAAACAAGGUAACACUGACCUAUUGGAGGCACAUAGCCCACUGGUCACAUGAUGGACAGGCGGCACCAAAGUGGUUUUUUUUGUUUUGUUUUUUCCUCAUCUGUCCUCUAGAUGAGUGGAACUGUGGAGCAAGUGAUGUGGAAUUAACGGGUGCAACAGCUGUACAGACAAUCAAUAACACAGACCGUUCUGGAAAGAACACAUCACUUGUGCUUACUUGAUGAGCUUGUCACAUUGUAAUCCCUUUCCCCAUCCUGUUUCGCUUUUGGGAAACUUUAAUUGCUGGUGUCAGCUAUUCUGAUUCUGAAAUAGGAUCAGCCCCUUACUACAACAGCCUUCUAUUUUAUUAUACCUAUUCAUAGCUUGUGAAUAACCAGGGGAAAGAUACAUGCUAUGGUUAACCCUUUAAGAACUGUUAGCCAAUACCUAUGAACACAUGUCCCUAAUUUGGGCAUUAAAGGAGAACUUUUGUAUUAGUUUCCCCAAAACUUGAAUUUUCCUCUCCUUUUCUUUUCUUUCCUUUUUCUAUUUUCCUUUCAAAGUAUUUAAAUAGAAGAAUCGAUUAAUUAUGCAGUACAUGAAUUUGAGUUGCAGUUCUUCAAGGGUUAACUGGUCUUUACUGUGCCUUAACUGUAAUGUUACUGAAAAGAAAUGUAUUUAUUUAUUUUGAAAGUUUUACUACAGUGUGCUCUGAAGAAGGGAACUUUAGAUGCAACACACUAUGUAUUCAUCUCAUGUUAUAAAUUAUUUAAGUAAGUUUAGAUGUAGUAAAUUAAAUAGCAACCUAUUGAACUAAAAUAUUGACUUGGAUUUAUUUAAAUUCUGUAUGUGCACUGUAUAUCCCUACCUUAACACUUAGGAUUUUACAUGAGCAGCACAUUUAUGCCAUGGUGUUUUUUCUAAUGACCUCUUAAAGCAGUAUACUAUACAUUUCAUUUGUAUGUAGAGUAAUAAUUUUUUUUCUUUUUAUUAGAGAAGUGCUGCUUUAUACAAAUACAAUGACUUGUAAAACUGCAAUACUUGGCAAUUUUUAUUCUUGACUUAAAAGUUGAAUAUUUUACACUGUAAUGGCUUUUUAUACUUGAACAAUUUCAUACAAGGGAAGAAAAUACAGCAUUUUUAUGGACAUUUGUCUAAAUGUCACUGGAUUUAUUUUUAAGUAUUCUAAAUACUAGCCAGUGUUAUGUAACGGUAGACAAGGAUUUCCAUGCAUAUUAUUUAUUCAUUAUAUAUUGCUUUAUAGCAGUUAAGAUCUAUUCAUUUCACUUGUAUUAAAAUGUAAUAAAAUAUCCAUUGGUUGCAUUGUA